CUAAUUUUCUUUUGCUGGACAUAAAUUAUUUUGUGAAAUAACAAUAGAAAAUUAAAUUAAAAAGGUGUUGAUAGCAAGUUAUAUUACGAAAGAAAACAAUAAAUAUAAAAUAAUGGCUACUCUGCGAGCGGUCGUUUAUUUAUAGUAGCGGUGGCGGGGUGUGAUCCCGGGGGCUCGAGCGGGCGCGGGGACACGCUGCGGCGCGUGCGCGUCAAGAUGUCAUCGGUGUCGGCGCAAGGCGUGGUGGAGCGCGCGUCCGCGGAGCUAUCGCGCCGCAUCACCGGCCUGGGGCUGCGCGGCCGCAAGCGCUCGCCCGGCGUCGUAGAGCGCGUGGCCAGCGCGCUGUGCGGGCCCGCAGCCGCCGCGCCGCGCGUCCCCCGCCGCCGCCGCCCGCAGCCCCGCCCGCUCCUGUGGCCACAAUUCGUCCUCGACGAGAGGUUCCUCGAGAAGUUCUUUCUGUACUUUAACUCGUCGGAGAGAAGGAACCUGGCUCAGGUGUGCACCAAGUGGCGGGACGUGCUGUACUCGUCGCCGCGGUGGUGGUCGGGGCUGGUGGUGGCGCUGGACUGCCGCGAGCUCCGCACGGAGUCCGGCUGCUGCAUGCAGAGGUUCUACAACUCGGUCGUGCGGAGGGGUAUCAGAGGCGUAGUGCUGCUCUCCGCCACCGACGACGAUAUAAAUGAAUUCAUCAGACUGUUCCCCGUCUCGGCUCACCACGUCCACGCCAUCGGCUUGAAGGGUUGCACUCUGACCGACAGGGGCCUCGAGACGAUAUUGGACCAUCUGCAGGUCCUAUUCGAACUCGAACUAACGGGGUGCAAUGAGAUAACAGAAGCAGGUUUAUGGGCAUGUCUAACUCCACGAAUUGUUUCACUCACGCUUGCAGAUUGUAUUAAUAUUGCUGAUGAGGCUGUUGGUGCUGUGGCUCAGCUACUGCCGUCUCUAUAUGAGUUCUCUCUUCAAGCUUAUCACGUGACGGACGCAGCACUCGGAUAUUUCUCGCCCAAACAGAGCGCAUCGCUGAGCAUAUUACGUCUACAUAGUUGCUGGGAGUUGACCAAUCACGGAGUUGUUAAUAUUGUUCACUCUCUACCGAACCUGACAGUGCUGUCGCUGUCUGGAUGCAGCAAAGUAACAGACGAGGGGGUGGAACUGCUGGCGGAGAAUCUGCCGCGCCUGCGCAGCCUCGACCUGAGCUGGUGCCCGCGCGUCACCGACAACGCGCUCGAGUACAUCGCCUGCGAUCUCAAUCAUCUGGAGGAGCUCACGCUUGACCGAUGUGUCCACAUAACGGACAUCGGCGUUGGCUACAUCAGCACGAUGCAGUCGCUGGUGGCGCUGUUCCUGCGCUGGUGCUCGCAGGUGCGCGACUUCGGCGUGCAGCACCUGUGCGGCAUGCGCGCGCUGCAGCUGCUGUCGCUUGCCGGGUGUCCGCUGCUCACGUCCAGCGGCUUAUCCAGCUUGAUCCAGCUGCGGCAGCUGCGCGAGCUGGAGCUGACGAACUGUCCCGGCGUGUCGCCCGAGCUGCUGGACUAUCUCCACGAGCAUUUACCACGUUGCCUCAUCAUAGAGUAAGUUGCCGAGGUUGUUGUAGUUGCUGCGCGUGAAACCAUUACAUAAAUACUUCCAACUUCAUACGCAAGAUAAAAGUUUACGUUCUCAAAGGAAUAAUGUGAAACAUAACUUAACUUUUACUACAUUUUCAUCUAUAUGAGAACAUUUUAAAAAAUGCAGGAAUAAUGCAGCAGAAAUCGCUAAUCGAAUAGCCAGUGGAAAGCCCACGCGUUUGCAACUAUUAACAUAAUAUUAACUUGUAUAAUUCAUACAAAGAUUAUAAACGGUGAGUACAGUAUGUAUAUAAGAAUAGUAUUACACAUUUAUAGUCAAUUUAAACAGUGCAUUGUGACAGAAUAUAUUCACUUUCAGAGGCUAUGUAUUGUAUAAGAUUAUUUGGAAAUGUGAUAGCAAAUGUAAGAGUUAUUAUUGUGAGCCCUCAAACCGACAUAGUUUGUGUUGUUUCAGUGAUGAAUGUGUAUUUGUACUCAGAGACGGUGCAGUAUUGCAUAAUUUAUGUUUUUUAUUAUAGAUGUGUGCAACUUAUUACGAUAGUCAUUAGUCAUAUUUCAAUCAUGUGUCAUAGAGUAAAAGUUAUAAUUAGCCAUUGUUCUUUUAAUGGUAUUCGUAUGUACAACAAUUUGUAGGCUAUUUUUGUAGUAAUUUAAUAUUUUGUGAGAUUAAACGUGAAAAAGACAGUUUAAUGUAGAUAAUAUUAUGUUUAGUGUUAGCUAAUAUUCCUCGUUGCUUUUUUAUUGCUGUAAAAAGUAUUUAGUUUGAAUGCUUUACUAUAGGCAUUUGGUUGCCAGUAUCUGCCCUAUUUUACCUAUGUGCUCCAAUUUCUAUAAUUGCUCAAACUCUAAAAUGGUAGGUACUUUAUAGUUUUACAUCUAAUAUAUAAAAUUCUCGUGUCACAGUUU